UGUAGGUAAAAAGAUACAUGUGCACUUCAAGUAGAAAGGAGCAUGUUCCCAAAUCACUCCAGCUUGGGUUGUCCACCCUUCCCUCCAAAACAUCAACAACGGAGUAAUUUCUUCAGUAAGAUUCCUGUGAAUGUGCUACCCACUCUUGUCUCUCAGCAGCAUCUUAUUGAGACUCAGUUUAAUUUGCAGAAUGCAGUGGCUGUUUUGAGUGAUAACCUUGCAACUACUCGAGAUGCUACACUGCGGCCAGUGGCUUAUGUAAGUGGCAGUCCAGUACGUGUGUCUGAUGCCCCCAUGUCAUUCCGAGGAAGAAAGAGACUAAGUGAACAAAGUGUCCCAUAUAAUGUCAAGCGGCACCGACUGCAUUCACAUCAUUCUGAAACAGCUGGAAUUAACCAAGCAGUGCUUUUACCAGAAGAACGUAGAUACUCUUUUCCAGGAUCAUUUCAAUCUCCACUCUUUCAUGCACAUCACGUCCCAGAUUUAACUGGAUCUGUACCUCUGGUUCGAUAUACUUUGUUUCCAGAACCUACACAAACCACUCUCCCUGUGGCCAAAGAUAAGUUAAGUCAGCAGGUUUUGGAGUUAUUUCAAGCAUGUCAACAACAGACUUGUGAUUUGCACAAAAAAGAGGUCUGCAGAACACAACUCCAGAGAGAAAUUCGGCGACUUUUUCCACACAGCAGACUCUUUUUGGUUGGGUCCUCCCUGAAUGGGUUUGGCACUCGUAGCAGUGAUGGUGACUUGUGCCUGGUGGUUAAAGAAGAACCAGUAAAUCAGAAGACUGAAGCAAGAAACAUCCUCAGCUUAGUCCAAAACCUCUUCAGUACUAGCCUUUCAACCUACAUUGAGAGACCUCAGCUGAUUCGGGCAAAAGUGCCAAUAGUGAGGUUCAGGGAUAAAGUCAGCUGUGUGGAGUUUGACUUGAAUGUGAACAGUGUUGUGGGAAUAAGAAAUACAUUCCUUUUGAGAACCUAUGCAUACAUGGAAAAUCGAGUUCGUCCAUUAGUACUUGUUAUUAAGAAGUGGGCAAGUUUUCAUGACAUAAAUGAUGCCAGUCGUGGUACUUUAAGCAGCUAUAGUCUUGUGUUGAUGGUUUUGCACUAUUUACAGACCCUACCUGAACCUGUCCUUCCAUCUCUCCAAAAAAUUUACCCAGAAUCUUUUGAUCCUACUAUGCAGUUGCAUCAUAUUCAUGAAGCUCCACGUGCCAUUCCUCCAUACCCCUCAAAAAAUGGAUCAAGCCUUGGAGAAUUGCUAAUAGGCUUCUUCAAAUAUUAUGCCACAGAAUUUGAUUGGCGCAAUCAAGUGAUUUCAGUUCGUGAGGCCAAAGCUAUUCUCAGACCUGAUGAUAGUGAAUGGAGAAACAGAUUUAUUUGUAUAGAAGAGCCCUUUGAUGGGACAAACACUGCUAGAGCUGUACAUGAAAAACGGAAGUUUGAUUUAAUCAGAGGUCAAUUUCUGAAGUCUUGGCAUUUAUUACAAAACAAGAAAGACCUGAACUGUAUAUUACCUUUAAGAGCAGCCAUACUGAAAAGAUAACCAGCUUCUUUCUUCUUACUGGAUCCUGCUGAAAGAAAAAGUCUCAAAAUCAAGAGGCAGUUACCCUAUGGGUAGUUGUCUUAUAAUGUGUUUUUCCUUGUAAACUUUAAGAAAAUCUUUAUAAGAAAGAUUAUGUAUUUCAUUAUUGUUAAUACAGCUGGUCAUUAAAAGAUAAGUUUUCUGAAAA